AUUUUGUUUCUUGUUCUUUUUGAAACAGGGCAUGUGAUGGAAAGAAAAGGUUAUCUAUGGAGCUCGAAGGCGGAAGCACAAGAGGUCAUCCCCACUUGACCAAGAGUUUCAACCACUAGCGCACGCGUGAAGAUCAACUUCUCAUAAUCUUGAGGCUAAGCUGUUUGUUUGUAGGCAGGUUAGAUGUUUUCACGACAUUUGUACGGCAAAAGAUAUUUUUGAAAAAGAAAAUUACAGAGAAAUUUACAGCCAGAGGUUGAAGAAUAUGAGGAGAAAUUAAGGAAAAAGGUUUGGCAUAUGAUUAGGUCUCUAUCCACUUUGCUGUAAGAAAGCAGCUUUCAUUCAAGUUGAAGUCUUUUGAUCUUGUCCGUCACUUUCACUUUCAAGGGUAUUCAAAGUCUCUGCAAAACAAAGAUUACAGACAGAGAGAUAUCAUGGAGCUCGCGGCUGAGGUUCUGGGCAAAUUUGGUGUUUGCAGAGAAAGCCGGGUAUCAGUGGCGGCCACCAAACUGCCGAAUCUCAAAUACCCACAUCCUGUUUUGAUCGGGCCUUUUGCUUAUCGGAGGUUUUUGGACGUGGGACGUCUGAAGAUGAGCAAGUCUGGUUGUAGUAGCGGCAUGGAUACCAUGUCAGUCGGAGAGGGUGUGUUCUCCGUGACUUCUUCCAGCCAAUGUGAUGUCGACUAUUUGGGGCAGAGCACCAAAGGCGAUUUGAACCUCAAAGUUGAGCACCUUGAGGUGUUUGGGAUUGAUGGUCAGGUGACUUUAGAUGGUCCAAUUGAGCAAGUAGCCAGGGUGGAGGCUGAAGAGGCAGAGAAUUUACUGAGAGACUUGGGAAUCCCGGUGUAGUAAUUCUAUCUCUUAGUUUUCCCAAAGUUGAUCAUGCACUGGGUUUCUUAUUUGAUAUUCCUCCCCUAACUUCUUUCUGCUUCUGUAAACAAUAAUUUAUUAUUGCCAGU